AUGAAUUAUCGACUAAUUAGUGUUAUAGUAAUAAUUAGUUGUUCUCUAUUCAAAGUAUUAGGCUUCUUUGGAGUUUAUUUACUCCUUUCAUGUAUUAUUGUUGCAAUUUUAACAGUUUUAUCAGUAAUUUUAAGUAUUUCGCCAAAGAAUGAUGAAAAAAUCAUAACUUCUAUCAAACAUCCUUUAGAUCAGCUAGUGACUAAACAGUUGGGAUUAAACUUUGACAUUAAUAAUCAAACAAGAUCUGGAAAUGAGAGCUUAGAAAAUCUAAACAAAGGGUCAAGAAACAGAUUCCACAACUUAUCAGGCCAUAAAAAAAUAGAUGAGAUUAUUCACAAUAUCUUAGAUAACAUUUUUCGUGAUUUCGUUGAGUCGUGGUACAAGCAACUUUCUAAUGACAAAGAUUUCCCUUCUGGAAGUCGAAAAGCUGUUGAAAAGGCUAUCGAAAGUCUCACAACUAGAUUGAGACAAGCUCCUCUUUUAACAACAUUGACUACAAAAAUGGUAGAUGAUGUAGCAGCCCAUAUCAAGUGUUUUAACCACGCACAGCGAACCUUAAGUGAGACAAAGAAAGCGCCUGUCAUUCCAACAAGCAGAUUCAAUUCUCCUUUCCAUCGUCGUAAUAAAAGUGACACUGAUGUAGCUAACUCUCGUAACUGGAAAUUAGGAAAUGCUUUAAUACAAAAGAAAGUUGCAAACUCAACAUUUUACUCAGUGCAAACAGAUGAAAAAUUAAUGGAUCCCGAUAGUCAGCUCUUAGAGUUAUUUUUCAGUAACUCAAACAACAAUUUUAAAGAAGAAUCUUUAAAUGACGAAGCUUUGGAAAAACAUUUGAUUGCUGUAAUUGAAACUGCUCUGUAUUUUACGCUUCAACCAGAAGAUUUUAAAUGUGACAUUACUCGAUCAUUUCUCUCGACAAUACUCGCUUGUGUCGUUGGAAAGGCUGUGACAAACACAUUAUCAGAUCCUGAUUUUCUUAACUUUCAAAUUGCGCAUUUAUUCAUCAAUGAUCCGCCAUCAUCAGAGUUUCUCAUCAGAAUGAUUCGACAAUGUAGCGAUUUAUCCGAGCUCAGAGCAGUGCGACAUAUGAUAACAAGAGAGAUGGAUGUGAAACAUCGCGAUCCAAAGUAUGUUGGUGAACUUGCAUCGUUGAAAUAUACUCAAAAAAUCAUUGACUUAAGAAUCAGCAGCUUACAAAAUCAAAACAUUGACUCAAGUGGAAAGAAAGUUUUUGAAAACGAGAAAUUCACAUCGAAACUUCCACUGUUGACUUUAGAUGAGAUUCUUUCGAAAGAUUUAGCAUUAAGUUAUUAUCUUGAUUAUCUUUCAAUCAUGAAUCUUCAAAAAUAUGUAAUUUUCUAUUGUCUGGCACAAGAUUGGAAGGCUACAGCUGCUGAUAAACUUUCUGAAACAAUCGACGUGAAAGAGAAGCAAACUUUGUAUAAACUUUUUCGCGAUAAAGCUUUCAAUCUUUAUACAGAAUAUUUAUUGCCAACAUCUUCAAAUUAUUUAAAUGUUGAUCAAGGAUUGAUCGAAGUUUUGCAUAUUAAAAUCAAAGAUACUUUCAUUCAACCGGAUCCAUUAUGGUUCGAAUCGAUUUGUAAGUUUGUUUACGAGAAGUUGAAGAACGAACAUGUUUUUCUUCAGAAUUUUUAUGAAUCACCGGCAUAUAAGAAACUUCUUUUGGAGCUUGAAGAGACCGAGUGUGAGCCUUCAAUUGAUUUAACACUCUCGGAAAAUAAAGAAACAAAAAGUGACACAAGUUCGGGUGAUUUUGUAAUUGACGAUGAGAUGGAUUUUCUGGAUCCAACCGAUGAAGUUACUUUCAAUUUAAGCCCAUCACGACAUCAACGAUCACAUAGUGACACAGGAAUUUUACUCGCUCGCCAAUCAACAAACAUCGUCGCACCAAGAUUAACAGCAAAAAUUAUCAACACAGCAAUUAACAGCAGUGGAAAUUUUGCUGUUUACGCUAUCAACGUGAAUAUGAUUGAAAAGGAUUCAAACGGUGUUGAGCAUCAAAAAAGUUGGCAUAUUUACCGAAGAUACUCGAAAUUCUUAGAAAUGAAGAAGCUUUUGUUACGGAAAUUUCCUAAACUUCAAACAGCUCAAUUGCCUUUUCCAAAGAAGCAAACAUUCCAUAACACAAAUCGAAGUUUAAUUGAACGAAGAAUGGUGAUUCUCAACGAAUUUCUUAAAGUGAUUUGUCAGAAAGCAGACACUGAUGAUGCUAUGCAUUAUGUGAUAUUAGACUUCCUUGAGCCUGAUCAAGAUGAUCGUGAAAUUCACGGAACGAAAGUGACAAAACAUAUUGUGAAUCCACUGAAAUCAGGAAUGAGAACAAUUCGUAACAUGCCUGACAGUUUUAUUGGUGGAUUAUCGAGAAUAUUUCUUAGUAAAAAUAUCGAAAAGUUUGCACUUGCUGAUGAUGAGAUUGAUACUCAAAGUUCUUCAGAAUUUCCUGCUUUGAUUUCUUUUGUGAAUCUUCUCGAUGUCGUCUUUGAUCUUGAUGGUCGAUCUCAAUGGCUGAAAAAAGGAAUUCAAAGUUUUAUCGCUGCUCCUUUCAUCAGUCAAUCUAUUAAUAAAAGGAUUCUUGAUAUUGCACAGAAAUACAUUUUGGAUGUUGAAAAAGUUGAAGAUGUUUUGUGUGGAAUUUUAAACAACGUUUGGCCAAAUGGGAUCAGACAAGAUCCCUUGCAGAGAGAAGAUACAACCAAACUUAGGACAAGAAUGGCAGCGAAGGUGGCAUUAUUUGCGUUUUUAUCAGAUGAUCUGAAACAUUUCCUAGGAAGUGAAACAACAAGAAUUGGACUGACGAACUUUUUCGAAAUGCUACAAAAUCAAACCUUAAACCGACGUCUUAUUCUUGUUCUUAUGCACCGACUGUGUACAACAAUAUUUCCUACUACCAGCAUGACAAAACAUGUUAUUAAAUAAGAAGAAAGUUUCUUCAUUUAUGUUCAUAUUUGAAAUAUUUAAAAGAAACUUUGAAAUUUUAUCUGUUCACGAAUUCGUAAAAUUUUAGAAAAAAUUUAUAAAAAUAAAUCGAAAUUAUAUUCUUUAAUGUA